AUGAGCCUGUGUCUGGUAGGGAAUUGGUGGAUGGUGCCAUCACCAUUGGCAGAUCAAGGUGCAUGGUGCAUUCUUGAACAGUUCCUCACUACCAACAUGACAUAUCCUCAGAUGGAAGAGACAUUUUCUUCAUACCUUGGUGAUCAAUAUGUUGCAGACGACUGGAAGGAUGCCAGAAAUGCAUUAUUCUCUGGCAAUGGCGACGACAGCAUUGCCUUAACAAACCUUUAUGCCUUAAAGGCUAGACACAUGCCCCUGCCCUCAUCUUCAUCAAGGAUGAACGGCCACCUCUCAAGCACUCCUGUUCAAUGA